AUGGAGGUGGCUGCAAAUUUCCCUUCCUAUGAUCACAACCACCAUCAUCUUCAUUCAGCAGCAACAGCAGCAGAUGAUGACUAUAUUGACAUGGAAAUCAACUCUUUCUCCAUUCUUGCUAAUCAAAACCCAAGAGAGUUUGAGUUCCAUAUGUCAAAACCUCCACUUGAGAAACAGUACCACUCAACUACUUCCCCAGCUGAUGAGCUCUUCUACAAAGGCAAACUCCUCCCCCUGCACCUCCCACCGCGUCUCCAGAUGUUCGAGAAGCUCCUCGAGAACUCCAAUGGUGUUGGUACCAGAAAAGUUGUGUUUGAAGAAUAUUACAGCACGCCAAUGAUGACCACCACUCCCACUGCAACAAAUACCCCUUAUGAGUCCUGCAACAUCACCCCAGCUGGUUCCUGCACAGUAAGCAGGGAGCUUAACCCUGAAGAAUACUUGCUUGAGUAUUCAUCAUCCCAAGUGAGUGGAUACAUUGACAUCGGCGAGAAUAAUCCAAAGAGGCCAUCAUGGGCCAGGAAGCUGAAGCUGAUCAAACAGACUGCUCUAUUUGGUUCAAAGAUUAAAGCUUUCAAGGCCUUGUUUGGUAAAUCUGGGUGCUCAAAUGAUUCCUGCACAGCAGCAGCUGCUGCAAGAGUUGCUGAUGAAGGAACACUUUCAAAAGCCAGCAAAGAAGCUGGUAUUGAAGGAUGUGGGAAGGCAGUAGGAGUAAAGAAAGCUCCUUUUGGACAUAUCCAAACUGAGAAGUACCAGUUUUUACCAACAAGUGUCAGCAAACAGAAGAGUACUACUACCAGUGAGGACUGCAGUGGGAAUAGGCUCCACAGGAGAUCAUUCUCAAUGGCUAUUAAACGAAACUCAACUGCCAAAUCUUCAAUGUCAACUAGUUCUUCUUCAUCAUCAUCCUCUUUGUCAACUUCUUCAAGCUUGACCAGCUCAAACGGGUAUCGGGGGUUGCCUUUUCUGAAGAGAAGUACAAGUACUGUUUGUUCAGAGAUUGAGAACCCAAUUCAAGGAGCUAUUGCACACUGCAAGAAGUCUCAGGAGAUGUUCCAACAAAGGAAGAGUAGUGUCAGUGAGGUUGGGUUCUACUCAAUGUCAGGUUCAAAAAUCAGUAUUUGUGAAGAACCAGAAAGGGCUGAUCUUUGUAGAGGCUGA